AUGGUCGAGAAUGGUUAAAACCCAAACAAUGUUUUUUUGGGGUUCCCUCACAUAUUUACCCGGGGGGGCCAACACUGGGAUCUAGAUAUGUCCACCCGGUUGAAGGCCCCACUUUCAACCUAAGGAUUUUCCGCAAAGAUUUCCCUCCACAGCAAGCCCGGGGACAGUAGGGAAAAGUAAAAAUGGAUGCGAGGGAACUCUUCGGGGGAUUGACUGUUUUGGGCAAAAAAAGGGGGUUGACCAAAGCAGGAGGCAUAGCUGCGGUUUUUUAAUCCCCCCUUUUAAUGUUUGCCACAUGUCAAAAAGCCCACAUCAUACCCCGCUCGCAUCACUUGGAAAAACCUGAUUCUGAAGGUUUUUAUUUGAUUUGGUGGGAGUUGGAAAGGAGGGUGAUUUUUUUCCCCCCUAAGUUUAAUUACGUAAGCUAAGUGGGGUAAGCGACGUAGAUCUGAAAACAACAAAUUUUAAAGACCCUCAUUAAAAAAAAAACCCUCUGUAAUCCCGGAGUGAACUGAAACAAAGGCCCUACAAUCCUCCCCCCCCCUCUCCUCUCUCUUCUCUAAUACGUCCUUAUGGGGUUUUUUCUCCCCCUUCACAAACCAAAAUGCCUCCCAGAAAUCAGGGGAAAGGACCCCCUUUUUUCCCCCCCUAAGGAAUUAACAUGAUCCCCCCACACCCACACAGUUUUAAAAGGGCACGACGCGCCUUUCCCCUCAGGAGGAUGAAAAGAUUUCAGGGCCCUCAGAUCCUCAAAAAUUCCACAACCCCAUUUAGACAUCUUGACUGGCUGACCACCACUUGGUCGCAACUGCUUGGCAUUGGGCUGCAAGCGCUUCCCGAGAGAAGUGCUACACCCCGUAAAAAUCCUAGAUCGGAACUCCCUGCCAUCCAGGGGCCCUUUUAUCACGGGUCAGAGGAAGGCCCAAAAACCCAAAUAGCUAAAACAAAAGGCUACCAAAAUACCUGCAUUGACCCGCCAAAGGGCCCCAGGGAUUGCACGGGAUCUCGGUCCCUUUAAAAUUGCCAUUGAUAAAAUGAAGUGUUGUUUUUCGACUUUUUGCCUGCCUCCCCCUACCUAAAAACCCCACCCCCCCCCACUCUGUUUACAACAUUGACAUCGCAAAAUGCUCGCCCCACACGCCCAAACACGCUGUCGCCCUCUGCCCAGUACAGCUGAAACCGGGAUUCAUCCCGAAGGCACCCUAAGUUCUCUAAGGGUGCCAGUGGCCAUUCAAGGUGAGCAUUUGCCACUGAAGUCGUUUACGACGCCCAACGGCAGUCCAGGUCAAGAACCCUGGUGAGGACGACGAGCACGCAGAUGAGCUUCCCUGAGAGUUUGACAGUUUGUGCAGAAAUUCUUCGGUGUGCAAACAUCAAGUAACUCAUGCCUGCAGUAAAAGUAGAUUAAAAAAACAGAAAAAAAACACUUUAUGGAACAGUGGGGACUGUGAAGCAACACAAAACAUGGACACAUGCAUACCAACAUACGCACUAUACACACAUGUACACAUGGAUUUUGUUGUAUAGAUAUGUGGUAGUGGAGUAGGGGCUUGAGGGCACACACUUAAUAUGUUAUGUAUGUAUUGUAAUGUUUUUAAAAUGUAUAACUGCCUUAUUUUUAUUUAUUUAACUAGGCAAGUCAGUUAAGAACAAAUACUUAUUUACAAUGACGGCCUACACCGGCCAAACCCGGACGACGCUGGGCCAAUUGUGCACCACCCUAUGGGACUCCCAAUCACGGCCGGUUGUGAUACAGCCUGGAAUCCAACCAGGGGUCUGUAGGACGCCUCAAGCACUGAGAUGCAGCCUUAGACCGCUGUGCCACUCGGAAGCCCUUAAUGUUGCUGGACCCCAGGAAGAGUACCUGCAGCCUUGGCUAAUGGGGAACCAUAAUAAAUACAAAUACAAAUAUAAACUCAGCAAAGAAGAAACGUCUCUCUCACUGUCACCUGCGUUCCACAGACAUGUGACUAACAGAAAUUGAAUAAUGUGUCCUGAACAAAGGGGGGGAGGGGGGUCAAAAUCAAAAGUAACAGUCAGUAUCUGGUGUGGCCACCAGCUGCAUUAAGUACUGCAGUGCAUCGCUCCUCAUGGACUGCACCAGAUUGCCAGUUCUUGCUGUGAGAUUUACUCACUCUUCCACCAAGGCACCUGCAAGUUCCCAGACAUUUCUGGGGGGAAUGGCCCUAGCCCUCACCCUCCGAUCCAACAGGUCCCAGAUGUGCUCAAUGGGAUUGAGAUACGGUCUUCACUGACCAUGGCAGAACACUGACAUCCUGUCUUGCAGGAAAUCACGCACAGAACAAGCAGUAUGGCUGGUCGCAUUGUCAUGCUGGAGGGUCAUGUCAGGAUGAGCCUGCAGGAAGGGUACACAUGAGGGAGGAGGAUGUCUUCCCUGUAACGCACAGCGUGAGAUUGCCUGCAAUGACAACAAGCUCAGUCCGAUGAUGCUGUGACACAGCCGCCCCAGACCAUGAUGGACCCUCCACCUCCAAAUCGAUCCCGCGCCAGAGUACAGGUUUGGUGUAACGCUCAUUCCUUCCAUGAUAAACGCGAAUCCGACCACACACCCCUGGUGAGCAAAAACCGCAACUCGUCAGUGAAGAGCACUUUUUGCCAGUCCUGUCUGGUCCAGCGACGGUGGGUUUGUGCCCAUAGGCGACAUAUUUGCCGGUGAUGUCUGUGAGGACCUGCCUUACAACGCCUACAUACCCUCAGUCCAGCCUCUCUCAACCUAUUGCGGACAAUCUGAGCAUUGAUGGAGGGAUUGUGCGUUCCUGGUGUAACUCGGGCAGUUGUUGUUGCCAUCCUGUACCUGUUCCACAGUGUGAUGUUUCGGAUGUACCGAUCCUGUUGCAGGUGUUGUUACAUGUGGUCUGCCACUGCCGAGGACGAUCAGCUGUCCGUCCUGUCUCCCUGUAGCGCUGUCUUAGGCGUCUCACAGUACGGACAUUGCAAUUUAUUUCCCUGGCCACAAUCUACAGUCCUCAUGCCUCCUUGCAGCAUGCCUAGGCACGUUCACGCAGAUGAGCAGGGACCCUGGGCAUCUUUCUUUUGGUGUUUUUUCAGAGUCAGUAGAAAGGCCUCUUUAGUGUUCUAAGUUUUCAUAACUGUGACCUUAAUUGCCUACCGUCUGUAAGCUGUUAGUGUCUUAACGACCGUUCCACAGGUGCAUGUUCAUUAAUUGUUUUAUGGUUCAUUGAACAAGCAUGGAAAACAGUGUUUUAAAACCCUUUACAAUUAAGAUCUGUGAAGUUAUUUGGAUUUUACGAUUAUAUUUUUUUGCUGAUUUAAAAGUGUAUAUUGUAAGUGUAUUUGUGUUAUGUGUCAGCUUAUUCUUCGUUAAUUGGUGUGCGUGCGGCGUUUUUGUGAGUGUCAACGUCUCUCCCGUUGCUCCCCCUCCCGCGCCCUGAUCUCGCCAGCUCGAGCCACCGGUCGGAGCGACACCACAUCGGCAACACCGGAAUGGAAACCCACGCACCCUAAUCACCUCCAGCGCACCUGCACCUCAUCAUCUCAUGACCACCCCUAUAUAGCCCUGGACUGUUCAGUGUUGUGUGUGAUUGUUAGUGUUUUGUCGUGUACUCGCUCUUUGUUGUUCUCUUGCUCAAGUGUUAAGUAAACCUUCGUAUCCUCAGUACUCGUCACAGUGAGUUUAGUUACUCUGUUUUGACAGAGGGAUUGGUGCUGUUUUUGAUUUCCUGUUCACUACUUUUUGUUGUCUUGUUUUCCCAUAAACACCACGCUUUCCAGAAAAUAAAACAGUCAUCUUUUCAUUACAGUUUUUCAGAACUGGGAGGUCAGAAAUGAGUUCCAGAGAACAAAGGGGGUUCUUAUUGUCCCUCACUGGCCCUUAGUUUACUUAUUGCUUCAUCAUCUGUUUUCUUUUAUCACAUCAUGCAGGUGAAGGGAGGGGACACCAGGAGAGGAAGCACUUUAGACUUUUGAAACUUACCCUAUAGUCUUAUAGAUUUGAACUGUCUCUGUCUCUCCUCCUCUCUCUCUUCUCUGUCUCGUCCCCCCCCCCCUCUCUCUCGCUCUCUCUGUCCUUAGAGUUGGACAUCUUUGGUAUCAUCCUGUACUCAGUUCUGACCUUCAUGGCAACGGUUUCCAUGCUGGUCUACAUAGAGGAGUGUUGGUACAUCUACCGGAAGGUUCCCUCCCACAAGAAGAGUGCCAUCAUCUGGGUCAAUGGGGCAGCGCCGGUAAGAACACAUGAAGGCAGCCUUCGAUCUGGUACUUACUAGUACUACUGCUGUAUCCCCUACAGUAGAAAUGCAUGCGGCCAGGAACAAAAUAAAAACUUGAGUUAUGACCAAUCCGGUCAGUUUACUAGGAAAUGCUAGGGCAGUAGCAUGGUUAGGAAGACUGCAUUGUUAAGGAUCCAAACUAAGGCUGUAUGUCUCUGCUGAAUGUCUGUGUGUGUCAGGUGAUCGGCACCAUGUCCUGUCUGGGGAUGUGGUUCCCGAGCCACCAUGUUUACUGACAUGACCUCCCUGGUACGUCACUCAUCCAUCCCUCCCUCCUUUUCUAUUUCCUUUCUCUCCAUGUCUUUCAUUUCUCUACAUAUUGUCUGUCUCUCUCCAUCCUAUCCUCUUUCCUCUCCUCUACCUUCAAUCUCUCCGUGUGGAUCUGGUUCCUCUUCAUCUCAGACCCCUUCUGUGACAGGCGGGAAACCCUGUAGAGAGCAGGAAGACGUACACUGUGUCAGCAAAACAUACAGCUACUAAAGACACAUUUACAAUAGUCUGUGUAGAUCUUUCCAAACUCAUCUCUCCCUCUGUCUAUCUUCAUCCUUCCUCCUUGGUGUUCUUGGCGCGUGUAACACGUUUGUCUCCGCAGCUACUUUGCGAUCGUAGUGUUUAAGUUCCUGGUGCUUAAUGAUCGAGGAAGUGGGGGGUGACGAGGCGUUUCUACGGCGAGCAGGGAAGAACAAACUAAAGAUCAGUACUGGUCCCUGCUGCUGCUGCUGCCCCUGUCUACCCCAUGUUAACAUCACAACG